CUAGUCCAUUUGAAUAUUAUAUUAUGACAAUGAUUGCAUUAAAUACUUUAAUUUUAAUGAUGAAAUAUUAUCGACCAGAUUAUACAGAUGCUAAUAUGGGCAUUCCUGACUGGGAAACACAAAAAUAUCAAAGUUAUUGUAGUACACUAGUUUAUUUGAAUACAGCAUUUACUGCGAUGUUUACAAUGGAAUGUUUAUUAAAAUUAAUUGCAUUUGGACCAAAAAGUUAUUUUCGUGAUUCAUGGAAUACGUUUGAUUUUAUAACGGUAGUUGGUAGCAUAACCGAUGUACUUGUUUCUGAGCUACAGGAUUCAUCAUUUCUUAACUUGGGGUUUUUACGACUAUUUCGUGCAGCUCGUUUAAUCAAAUUAAUUAGACAAGGUUAUACAAUCAGAAUACUAUUAUGGACAUUUAUUCAAUCAUUUAAAGCACUACCCUAUGUUUGCCUACUUAUUACUAUGUUAUUCUUUAUUUAUGCUGUAGUAGGAAUGCAAAUAUUUGGCACGAUAGCUAUUAAUGAAGCUGAAGGACAAAUUACAAAUUACAAUAAUUUUCAUAGUUUUCCGUAUGCAGUUCUGUUAUUAUUUCGUUGUGCUACUGGUGAAUCAUGGCAAGAAAUAAUGCUUGCUUGUACCUAUGGACAAGAAUGUGUUAAUCGUGCAUCAAACAAUUGUGGAAGCAAUGCAUCUUAUACUUAUUUUGUAUCAUUUAAUUUCUUUUGCUCGUUUCUUAUGCUCAAUUUAUUUGUUGCUGUAAUUAUGGAUAAUUUUGAUUAUUUAACAAGAGAUUCAUCUAUACUGGGGUCACAUCAUUUAGAUGAAUUCAUACGUGUAUGGGCUGAAUAUGAUCCAGGUGCAAAGGGAAGAAUACAUUACACAGAAAUGUAUGAAAUGCUAAGAAAAUUAGAACCUCCAGUCGGAUUUGGUCAGAAUUGUCCAUACAGAUUAGCGUAUAAGAAACUAAUUCGUAUGAAUAUGCCAUUAGAUAGUGCAGGAACUGUACAUUUCACAACAACACUAUUUGCUUUAGUUCGAGAAUCAUUAGGUAUUAAAAUGGCUCCAGCUGAAUUUAUGGAUAUUAAAGAUGCUGAAUUACGUGAAACCAUUAAAACAUUGUGGCCGGUACAAGCGAAACGAUCAUUAGACUUAUUGUUACCACCAGAUUCAGAAUAUACAUUUACCCGUCUUACUGUUGGGAAAAUCUAUGCUGGAUUAUUGAUUUAUGAAAAUUGGCAAAUGAAUAAAUCCACUGGCAAUAAAAAGAAUUUACAUCAAUUGAAUACUAAACCUAUACUUGAAGCAUGCUUAACUCAAAUGUUAGGACAUGAUCCAUUUCAUCUUGCAAAUCGUCUACCAAACUGUAGUAAAGAACAUUCACGUUAUGGUAGUAAAGUGGAUCUUAGAUCCAUUAAUAAUAUGGAAAUAGAUCAUAUUCCUUUAGAAAAUAAUUACAAAGAGCAAACAUUGAAAUACAAACAGCACGAAAAAGAACUUGUGGAGAAAUUAAAUCAAAUUAAACAAGAACAGUUAAAUAAUAAUAAUAAAUAUAUGAGAGAAAUAUCGAAAACCACUAGCGAAAUGACUAGAACUACUAAUACUGUCACUAAUGAUAAUAUUAAUAAUAAUACCAGACAAAUCUUUCCAAUUAUUAUCACAUCACCUGAAGAAGAGAAAUAUGAUAAGAAAUCUCCCACUGAACAAGAAUAUAUUCAUAAAAAUUUAGGUAUUAUUAAUGCAGUUAGUAAUAAUAAUAAUGACGACGACGAUGAUGAUGAUGAUGAUGUUGAUGAUGAUGAGAGAGAUGAUGUACAAAAUGUAGAUAAUUAUCUAUCACGAAAAUCAAUUCAUUCUUUCUCUACUACAACUAGUACAGAUUAUACAUAUUAUCCUAAUGCACAUUCAAAUUACAACCAGAAACCACAAAAUACAUCACAAGAUCAAUAUAACUCUCAUAUGAAUAAAAUUAAAGUAUACACAAAUAUGCCAGAUGCAGCAAUCAAUCAACAUAAUAACGAUAAUAAUUAUCAUAAUCAUAAGAAUAAAGUUUCUGAUGCAAAUCAAAGAUUAACAUUUUAUCCUCAUCCCCCAGAAACAGAUAAUCAAUAUUUAGCACCAAAUCAUAUGUAUGAUAAACUUUAUAAACUCAAUGAAGACUUUUCAGGUAAAAGUAGGAGAGAAACAGAAGAAAGAAAAAGGGGAGGAUUUUAUAGAAAAUGUACAUACAAUACAUAUCAGCAACGUACAAAUCAGGCACAUUUAAAUUUCGCAGAUGCAGUUCAUACGUUGGUAAAACAAGCCAAUGUUAUGGCCAAAAGAAAUAGAAUCAACAAAUACUUACGAAAAAGUGCAAAAGAUGUUGACUGGGAUACACUUUCAUUUCAUAGAGUUAAUAUGAGUCCAAGAUCAUUUGAUCGCAAUACACGAUAUUACGGCAACAGUAUAUCAAGUCAUCAUAAACGCAAAAGAGUUUUGUAUGAUGAAAACCAUAAUGGCUAUAAAAGCUUUUACUUAAAUUUGCCAAAUAAUUACCCAUCAGUUUUGUAUGACAUGCCACAGUGUAGUUCAACAAGAGAUGAUGAAACAGAUGAAAAUAAUUCAUUUAACGAAGGAUUUCGUAUAAUUCAUUUAGAACAUCAUCAAGAUAGUCCAACAGUUUAUGAUGAAGCAUAUGAUCAAUCCUAUGCAACGCAAAUCGAAAGAUCUGCAUCAAUUCAUGAAAUACGUCAAAAAAGUGAAAAUAAGACUAACAAUGAAUACAUUAUACAAAAACCCCAAAAUGCAUUAUAUCAUUCAUUACACAUGAUUCCAUGUGAAUCCGAAAUUAAAUCUUAUAUUCAAAGUGAACAAGAUUUAAAUCUUGCCAUUAGCGAUCUGAAUCAUAUCAAUCCGUCCAAUAGAUCAGACCAAAUGAUCGAAAUGAAGGAAAGUGAAAUUCAAUUUCCUCGUUUACUUAAAUCGCCAACAACCAGUGAUGAUUUUGACUCAAUAUACUACCCUAUGAAACAUCACAGAACAGGUUCACUAACUUUUUACUCAUGUCCACCACAUGAAACCGAUUCUCACUGUUCCAUGGAUCCAAGUGCUAGUGCUUUUGUUAAGCAUUCAUAAUAAAAGUACAAUAUGUAUAAAAAAUUUAUUAUG